AUGGCUUUAAGCUUUGACGACAAAAUAUUAGGCGAAAAAACGGAUUAUUAUUGUAGUAGCAGUGAAGAUGAAAAAUAUGAUUCGUGUGAUGAUGAUGAUAAUGAAUGUGGGCACUCAAAUCAAAAUCAUAAAUCUUCUUCAAAGUCCUCCACAAAAAUGCCGACUACUGGUCCCAAAGGUGUAUUAGAAGAUUGGAGAAGAUACAAACAGUUGGAAACUGAAAGGAGAGAUGAGAACGAAAAGGAAAGGCUUGCUCUGGCAAAAAAAUUAUCUACCACUUGUAGAACUAUUGCCAAAGAUCUUGAAUAUUUAGAAGAAAUAGAAGAUCAUUUAGAUGACUUUGAUGAAGAAUUUAUGAAAGAAUAUAGAGCAAAGAGGAUUGAAUCAAUGAGAAAUGCUGUUGUUAAAUGUCCUCAGUUUGGCAAAGUUGUUCAUUUGAAUAAGCAGACAUUCCUAGAAGCCAUUGAUAAAGAAGAUGCAUGUACAAUAGUUGUUGUGCAUAUUUAUAAAAAGGGUGUAACAGCUUGUGAAACGAUGAACAAAUGCAUUGAUGAGUUAUCCACCGCAUAUCCCGAUGUUAAAUUCUGCAAGAUUGAGACCUCACACAUUCAAAUGAGUCUUAAUUUUUCUUUGGCCGGGGUCCCAGCACUUUUGGUGUACAAAAAAGGUGAACUUGUAGGGAAUUUUGUUCGACUUUCAGAUGAAUUUGGGGAUGAAUUUUUUCCUAAUGAUGUUGCAAGCUUCCUAGUUGAGUUAGUAUCUCGUUACACACGCUUACGCACAUACAUACACGCACGCACGCACACACACGUGCAUUCACGCACACACUUACUCACAAAAACAGGCAUGGCUUGUUACCAGAUAACUUGUACAACAGCAGCAGAAAUCCGUGCAUUCGAGCGGGCGUUGCUAAAUACGGCAACAAUGACGACGACGAUGACAGUGACUAUGAUAUAG